CAGGUCGUCCCAUGGGUUAAGUGGUGGAUAUCUAGGACCCAUCAGCAAGGUUUCUUCCUCCUCUGGGUACGAACUCUUUACUGCCCUGAAGACUUGUGGCCAAGGUGAAGAGAAGAUCCAGGAAUCUUUAUUCACAAAUACCACCUGGCUGCAAAAAGAAUUAAACAGGAAACAACAACAUCAUGCAAAAGUCCUGCAAAGAAAAAGAAGAAAAGCCCAAGUGCAGUGAGCCAAAGGUAGAGGGUGAACAACCCCAUGGAGCAUUUGAAGCCCGGCAAGUGGAAGGGAAUUUCAGACAGAGGCUGCUUCAGUCUCUUGAAGAAUUUAAAGAAGACAUAGACUAUAGGCAUUUUAAAGGUGAAGAAAUGACAGGAGAGGAAGACGAGAUGGAAAGGUGUUUGGAAGAAAUAAGAAGUCUGAGAAAAAAAUUUAGGGCUCUGCAUUAUAACCAUACCCAAUCUCGGGAUCAUCCCUUUUAAAGCAGUAGCCUCAGAAAUUAUUUUCUGUUAAUAUUUCCACUGUUUUCUGUUUCAAUUUUUCUUUAUAAGUAAUUGCCAUCAUUUCACUUCAAUAUUUCAGUAUUGUUUAUGGUCAUAUACAAACCUCAUGUUGUCUACACCUCAUCUUCCAGAUUCACCCCACAGAUUUAAUAAGAAGUUUUAUUCAUUUACAUGAAAGGACAAUCAUUUAGUAAUUUACCGUAAACUAAAAAUUGCAAGCUAUGAAGCACUGUGUAUGCCUUAUGUAUUCAUUUAUGCAUAAUACCAUGCAAAGCUUAUUCUAUGCCGAAGAGGUGAAUCUAUGUAUUCCGUGUUCUCUUAUUUUCCAUACAAUGAAUAUAUAUAUCUGUAUUUUUAAUUUUGUAUCCCAAAAAGGAAAACAAUUAGACAUAAAUGAAAAAGAUUUAUCAGUCACCUUUGGAAAGCAGUGGAACAGCAACUUUUUAAUAGCAGAAGUAUAAGAAAGGCAUGUCAACUGCUAAUUAUUUUUGGAUUCCUUAGCCAGAGUAAUAAACUGACCAUUAUAAAAGACAUAUGCUUAAGACUUGAUCAUUUCAUAGGGAAAAUAUUUGUUUUACAGAUAUUUUAUAUAGAACUGCUAUGGGACAAUAGCUCUCAAUAUUUGGUGAGAUCUUAUUUGCAAAUGUUCAUACAGAAACCUAGCUUGUAUAGAGCUAUACAUUUGAAAGAGGACAUGGAAUAUUUCAAUAUAUGCUCAAGAACAAUGCCAGAAGGCAGAGGUGGGGCCUUCCACCUUAACCCUCAGCUUUUAAACCCCACCUUUGUUUCUACCCACAUCCUGCUU